GCAUUUGUAAAGAAAACAGCAAACUGCAAGGAGGUACGAAUAUUUUUUGAAAAGUAUUCGGUAUUCGGUUACUCGGUAUCUAGUUGGUCAAUAUCCAAGUGUUCUGAAUUAAAAAAAAUCGCUAAAUAUUUUUCAUUUAAUACAACUUAAGUGCGGUGCAAAGCAACACUGUUGGCAAGAUACAACGAGGCCAAUAGAAUUUGGAUAAAGCGAAAAAAACUAUUCAUAAAUUCUAUGCUGAAUCGUAGUUUAUUAUCGUUUCGUCUUACCGCGUACCGUGUGUCGUGCAAAGAAAUUGUUUAAUUAUUGUCUCAGAUUUAAGCAAAGCAUUUGUUUGCCAACAAAACAAUUAUACGCAACAGAAACACGUUUAAGCAUCUCAAUAACAAAAAAUAAAGCAAUAUAUGACGCGUCCACCGAAUCCACUCCCCUUCAGUGAAAAAAUUCAGAAAAUAUUAACAAAAAAGAGAGAAGACGAGUAGAAAAAAAGGCCAGCGAAAAACGACAACGUCUUCAUCAUUUGUUCAUUUGUAGUGCAAAAAGAAAUAAAUUGGUUCAGAUUUUGUUGGAAACUAAUCCAUCAUAAUUGUGAAAUUCAACUGAUAAGGGUGCAUUUUAUUGAAGUGCAAUCUUAGAAUUUCAUUAAACCUGUUUAUCCAGACAGCGAGGCAGAAAAUUGAAAUCGUCAAGCUCGUGGAUACAAAAUAAACGGCAUUUUCCCGCCUUAUCAAGAUACCCUACUACCUAUAGUUCAUUGUGAAACUCGGUUUUAUAUUUAAUAGAUUAACACAUGUGGGGCAAGAUAAUUGCCCGUCCAUAGUCCGUUACAUAUAUUUUAUUCCUGGGCUUGUAUUUAGCAAACAGGAGCCAUUAUAUCUUCUGGCGAAGAAAAGUUGAUUUUGACCUGCGGUGUUUGUUUUCUGGAAUUUCAACCCUUAUUAUUCAACAUAAGCCAAAACGACGCGACGCGCGAAAAUGGCCAAAAUGGAAGUCGACGAUGUCGUCGACUUAAGUUUAGGCACUGGGCGAGAUCCCGCUUUAACUAUAACACCGGCAACAGUUAGGGAUCUGAGGGCCCUCACACAAAAUUCCGGACUAACAAUAACACCAGCCCCACCACCAUCCACCUCACCAUCUACAACGAGUACUGCACAUGGUAACUCUUCACCAGCAGCAAAUCUAGCCACGGGCAGCAUAACAGGGAGUAGUAGUGGGGGUGGUGGAGGAGGAGGAGGAGGAGGAAGCAAUAGCAACAGCAAUUCCACAAGCACACCUACAACUAAUAACAUAUCAACAACCAUAACAAGUGUUGAUCCCUCCGCCACCAAUUCCAACAGUAACAAUAGCACUAAUAACAACAAUACAUCAACACCAACAACGAACUCAUCUAAUGCUCCCAGCACCAAUGCAAAUCCCGAGGAAAAUAAGGUGCAAAGACGUGUCCUACGACCGCGCACUGAGCCCAAGUCAUAUGCCGAAGCGCCCGAUAUUGUUUUGCUGCCCGCUCGCAUGAAUGGUGGACGCCAGCAAAAUGGCAAUAUCGAUUCGGAAACGGAUGAUGAGGAAAUGCCCCCAUACGUGCCCAUAAAAGAAUUGACACCCGCCGAAUUAAAAGAACGUGAAAAUGGUUUACGUAUCCUAAGGGAUGAUUUGCGCAAUGAAGAAACAAAAUUGGUAUUGCUUAAGAAGCUAAAGCAAUCGCAGCAUGUGAUGAAGGAGAACAUUGUUGUGACACCAACUAGUGUAUCGCCCACUAACCCAUUGGCCGCCAUACCGGCUGCUCUAACAUCGAAGGGAGCUUUGAGUGUAACGCCGACAACGGCCGUGCCAUUGCCGGUACAUGCAAAAAGUUCGCGUUCCAAUAACAGUAGUAAUAUAACUUCAUCGGUUAGCAUAAGUGCCACCAACAGCCGUUCGAAUAUAAACACUUCAUCUUCCGUAUCCACAUCUUCUCCUCACCGCUCCAAUAGCAUUAGCAACAGUAACAGUAGCAUUAGCAACAACAACAUUAACAUCAACAUCAAUAGCAACAACAAUAAUAGCAAUUCUAUACUGCCUCCACCGCGUUCAUCAUUGCCGGGCGGUGCAACAUUAACGGCAGGCGGUUCCUCCUCUUCCAUUAGCAUUCAAGCGACAACAUCGUCAUCACUAUCAUCGUCACGUUCGUCCAGUGUACUGCCGCCACGUACCAAUUUACCGAAUCUCACCAUAACGCCAUCGGUGACUAUAACACCCACAUCGGCUCCACCAUCAGGACUUAAAUCACGCAAUCAGCCUAAUGUUUCGGAUAAUUCUAAGGUACCUAAUACUAUCAACAACUCGGUAUCUAUAACACCAGCGCCACCGUUGUCAACACAAAACCAAUCACAUAAUGAUCUAAAGAAUGAUCGCGUGAAUUCCCGCGAAGAUGUACAAACACCAGCUCAAAGGCAAGCAGCUGCCAAGUUGGCUUUAAGGAAGCAAUUGGAGAAAACUUUACUCCAGAUUCCCCCUCCUAAACCACCACCACCAGAGAUGCACUUUAUACCAAAUCCCAGCAAUACGGAAUUUGUUUACCUGCUUGGCCUCGAGACUGUGGUAGAUUAUUUGACAACCAACAAGAAGGCGAAUGCUGUUGCACCACCAUUUCGUUGUGCUCAGUGUAAGAUUGAUUUUACACCGGUUUGGAAAUGGGAAAAACAAGGUAACAAAGAACCAAAAGUUAUAUGCGAACAAUGUGUUACGUCUAAUGUUAAGAAAGCUUUGAAAGCUGAACACACCAAUCGACUGAAACAAGCCUUUGUUAAGGCUUUGCAACAAGAACAAGAAAUCGAACAACGUUUGGCUACCCAAAGUAGUCCUUCGCCGGUGGAUGCCCAUUUAAUAGCUUCCAUUUCAUCUGGGAACCAAUCACAGAGCCAGUCUCAGCAGCAAUCCAUGGCCCAUCAAUCUCAGCCACAGAUGGCACAUGCCGCCUCAACGGCGGCGGCUCUUGUAAAUCUGCCGCCAUCGGUAACUGUAAUACCCACCAAAUGUCAAACACCAACGCCUAGUAUAACGCCGCGUCCAACACCGCCUCCAGCAAAUCAACCAACACCGCCACCACCACCUCCCACAACGCCAAGGUCAUCGCGUGUCUCCAUAUCGCAUGUAUCUCAGCCCAGCCCUAGUACACCAACACCAAGUCAAAUGCAUCACCAUCAUCAACAGCAACAGCAUCAGCAACAUCAACAGCAACAGCAACAUCAGCAGCAACAGCAUCAGCGCGAAAGGGAGCGUGAACGUGAACGAGAGAGGGAAAGAGAACGCGAGCGUGAGCGCGAAAGGGAGCGUGAGCGUGAGCGCGAACGAGAUCACCACCGUGCUGAGCAGCAACAACAAAGAGCGGCAGCCGAGCAACAACAACAGCAACAACAACAGCAGCAGCAACAGCAACAAUAUGAAAAAUAUUCAGCCGCAGCCUUGGCGGCCGCAGCUCAAUUGGGUGCUCUCGGCUUGCCGAGUCUUAACAAUUUAGCCGGUCUAGGUGGUCUUGGUAAUUUGGGUAACCUUGGAAAUUUAGGACAAUUGGGUAAUUUGGCAGCAUUAGGUGGUUUAGCAAAUCUAGGAGCUGCUGCAGCAGCAUCCGCAUCAAAUCCCGCUGCAGCGGCAGCAGCCGCAAAUCUAGGUGCUCAUAGCAACAAUAAUCCAGCUGCAGCUGCUGCUAUGCAAGCUUUUCAACAGCAAAUUUUCAGAGCUUUGGGUCAAGGUCUGGCGACAAAUCCACAACAUAUGAUGCAAUUCACUCCAUUAUUAUACUCCUAUCAAAUGGCUAUGGCACAAGCUGCUCAAGUAGCAGCUUAUACAAAUAAAAGUAAAUCUUCAUCAUCAACUUCCUCCUCUGCUUCAACAUCAAAAGCUCAGACGCCUUCUUUGGCGGAUAUACAACGAGCCGCUGAAUUGCAGCGACAAUAUUUAUUAGAGAUGAUACCACCGCCAGCACCAGGACCUAGUAAUAGUCGUCAAAAUAACUGGAAGACAUAAGUUUCGAAACAAAAACAAAAACAUUUGAACUUUAAAGCAAUGCAAGCAUUGCCUCUAAGCAUGCUUUUGAAAUAAUUUUUUUAGUUUUUUUUUUUUUGCUUGGCAAAAUUUCCACAACUGACACAGUUGGCGAGCUAAAAGACAAAAUGACAUUUUCGAAAAUAUUAAAUUAAUAUUAAUUAUUUCCAUCCAUCUGAAGUAAAUUGUCUUAAAGUUAAAUAAUUUAAUUCUUAACUGGCUAUUAAGGCUCGCUCGCUCGCACGCUUGAUUUAUGGCAAAUCUCCCUCCCUCCCCUGUUAAUGCCGACAGAGUUGUACUCUAUAACGUAACAAAUGGAAUAAUUUUCAGUUAUAGUAAAAUAAUUUAAAAAUUUAAUUAGAAGAAGAAAAAACAAUCCUAUUUCUUA